GGGCGGAAUCGACCCAACCAAGGCAGGAACAGAGCAUUUUACGGACUUCUUUCACUACCUCUACAGCCAAGGGAAGUAAGCUAGGACCAUCGAUUUGGCCAAGUUAGCCCUAGUUGCAUAUUUCAACGCCAAACAAGUGACCCCAAACCCAGCACAAGACAUAAAUGCACGUCGCUACAUUGUCGGUCUGCAAAAAUACAACAAGAAGCACAAUGUCGACGAAGAAAAGAAAGCACAUCCAUUGACCGUGCAGGAACUUUCAACCCUCGUCAACGCUCUGGCUACACUGCACCCUUUUCUGGGCUCAAUGCUCCGUCUUCUCUUGGCCGUGUGCUUUUUGGGUUGUUUUCGCAUGAGUGAGGAGCUUGCCUUGCGGUGGAAUGAUGUUCAAAUCGUGUCAGAUUCAAGUGGAAGAUAUCUUUCUGUGCGGCUUCGAUGGCACAAAAAGGUUGAUGUUGAAGAAGACAGCCAAGUGUACCAUCUUGUCGAUGAAACACCGUUCCCAUGCCCUCUUGUGUGGGUUUAUCGACGAGUAUACAGCAAAACUACGGUCCAUCUGUGUGAACCUGUCCAGCUCUGCUUUUGUCUUCCCCAACAUCAUCAUGCAACAAAAUGGAGCUCCAAAAAUUGAGUGGUACCAUGGCUUGGAGCAAACCAACUUGCGCAAGUGGCUUACUGAACUCGUGCAAGCAACUCCAGACUUACCAAUUGGUAUUACAUUGCACAGCUUGCGUCGUGGAGGCUCCUUUUUUCGCGUUUUUGAAUCGAGAGAGCGCCGGUUCAACUUCAGGGAACUCAUGGCGUGGUGACGUUGGGCCGAUGCCAAGACUUGUUGUGAGUACCUCAUCACUCAGAGUAUUAGCAACGAGAUUGACCCACGCAACUUGCUUCGUACCUCGAAUGUGAACCAUUUGUCGCCAUGGUCAUGUAUUGCGUCCGGUGGCAUGCCGUUGUCCGUGGAAGCCCUUGUUCAAGAGUUGGCUAAGUCUCUGCAAAAGGAGACAUCUCUUCGGCAAGUUCCACCAAAAGCUAC